AUGUCCGACUCCGCAGCAGCAGCAGCUCCGAUCGCGAUGGAGGAAGAUGGGCCCGUGAGAUCGGACAAGAUUUACGCUGUACGUUUCCAUACAACCUUUCAAAGUCCCAAGCGGAUCAAGUUGCGAAACACAUGAGCUUGGAGUUGUGAUCAACUAACGACCACCCUCUCAUCUCAGCUCCCUGGCUUUACGGAGGGUUACACUGCGGCCACGUAUUGCAUCAAUGAUGAGGAUCAUACGUUGGGCAAUUUGUUGAGGUGGAUGUUGAUGAAGAAGUGAGUCGGGACCGGUAAGAUCGGUGCAUUCAAUGAGGGACGAAGAGCUGACGCCUGGGGUUUUUGGUGUGUUGUGUGCCUUUUCUGGUGUCACAGCCCGGACGUCGAGUUUUGUGGAUACAGGUCAGCUUUGAUUUAGAUGAUGAACGUUCAGUUACAGAGGCUUCGUAUGGCUGAACUUUCCUAACGCUCUUCCUCUACCAGCGCACCUCAUCCGUCCGAGGCUAAAAUUCAUCUGCGUAUCCAGAUGUACGGUACGUCAGAGGACAUGUGACAUCACCUCUCUAGCAAGCAAAAACUAAAUGAACGAACCUCAAAACCCCGCCCAGAUCAAAAAUCGUCGCUCACGGCGCUACACACAGCCUUGGACAACCUCGAACAAAUGACCGAAUCGAUCUUAUCCGCCUACGCCGCAUCGUUGGCUUCGGGGGACUUUGAACGUUCGGUUGAACCUUCUUACGAUUUCGAGAGUGUGAAUGAUCGAUUAUGGGCGGAGAAGGAGGCGAGGGGGAUUUCGAGGGAGGAGUUUGAGAGGAAGAAGAGGGAGGAAGUGGAGGAGAAGGAGAGGUUGGAGGGGAAGGGCAAGGUCAAGAAGGAGAAGGGGAAGGGGAAGGGUCUCAAGUAA